GCGGCUUCCAAGCCUCUAAGCGUCCACUCUUGACCCUCUUGGAAAACGUCAUGCAGACUGUAGGACGAAUGUCCUCAAGGUGGUGGUUGCCGGGUACGCACGCACAAGAUGCCGCAGUCAGCUUCGAAUAGCACCGCCAGGAUGCUUCAACGCAAGACAUUUCCCCAGUGCAGCGUCGGAGAUCUGUGCUGACCGUUAGAGAGCCCCAGUGACUCACAGUAGGAACAUGGCUGACGUUUCCGAAUAUCUGGGGUUUGGCCUGUGGAACAUUCCAAUCGUCGUGAUAACGUUAUGGCGAGGCAUCCCGUCGGCCAUGUUAAUGAUGGCCAUAAACUUCGCCGCACCAAAACUCAACUUCAAAUGCCUCGAUUACAAUGCGACUGCCGAGGAACAAUGUUGGAACAACGGUACCAAAUGCAAGAGCUGGGAAUACGACCACUCGGUCUUUAGCAGAACAAUGGUAGAGGAGUGGGAAUUGGUGUGUGAUCGCGCCUGGUUAAGAUCCAUGUCUCAAUCUUUGUACCUGGGCGGAAUGCUCUUUGGCAACCUCAUUUUUGCGCAUGUAUCCGAUAGGUACGGGCGGAGGCUCACGGUGCUACUUACCAGCGUACUGAUGCUCUGUUUCGGCCUGUGUUGCGCACUCAGCCCAACCCUGCUGCUGUACAAUAUCUCGAGAUUCAUGGUGGGACUUGGAACCGGUGGCAUACAGAGUACCGCUAUAACCCUGUUCGUGGAAACAGUGCCCAGCAGGUUACGGACCUUACUGGUGGCUACCUACGGAAUUGGGUGGACUGCAGGACAGUUAGGUUUGGUGGGAACAGCGUACCUGAUUCGUGAUUGGAGAUAUCUACAAAUGACCAUUUCAUUGGUCACUCUUCCAAUCAUCGCUACCUGGUGGUUCCUGCCAGAGUCUCCCCGGUGGUUGCUGACGAAAAACAAGAUCCAGGAACUGGACAGAGAGCUGCAGAGAGCAGCGUAUUUGAACAAACUUCCAAACCUCGACAUAUCUUCCAUCGUUAGGAACAUGGAAAAGAAAGAGGAACUCACCUCGAAAGGAACAGCCAAUAUAACGGAUCUUUUUCGAGGAAGCAAACUCAGACGAUACACACUUAUAUGGUGGGCGGUGUACUUCUCUCAUCGCUUACUCUACUUCCACCUGUCAUUCGCCAGCGCCCUGCUAGGCGGAGACGUAUUCACCAAUUACGCUAUAGUGCAGUCAAUGGAACUUCCAGCUAAAGCUGUCAGCAUGGUUGCCGUCCGAUACUUUCGGAGACGAGCAACUCUUAUCACGUGCUUCGUUAUAGGAGCCGCCGCAUUCCUUUUUGCGAUGGCUUUUCCGAGAGACUCCGUCGUGGCCAAAGUUGCUACGAGCGCAGUUAGCAUGCUGUUCAUGUCGUCCGCGCUUGACAUGAUGAACGUGUACGCUGCGGAGGUGUUUCCGACCGUGCUCCGUACCGUCGGCGUCGGAUCGGCGUACAUGGCCAGCCGAGUGGGUUCCACGGCUGCUCCUUUCCUCGCAAGUAUUGGGACCGUGACACCGUACGGAGUCAUGCAAGCAACAGUGGGAUCCAUCCAAUGCUUGGUGGCCAUCGCGCUAAUUUUCAUGCCUGAAACAUUACACAGGUCCCUUCCUGACACACUGCGGGAUGCGGAAAAAUCGUGCAAAAGCGCAGGCACAACUGUGAUUCCCACGUCUGAACCGAUUCUCAAGAAGUACAACGCCAAUGCACAAGGAGAUGUAUCCUGAACAAAAAAAGAACAACAACAUGGCGGAAAGAGCGCCGCCGCAUGUUAGGCCGCAACUCCAUAAGAAGAUUCACCACAGUAUUUCAGGAUGUGAUUAAAUGACAGUAAUUACCACAUUUACUUCCUGUAACGGUUGCGUACCUUUUCAGUAUUACCGUAUUAAGUAAAGAGUUACGCAUGUGA